AGAUAUACAACAUUGGCUGUUGGAUGCUGGAUACAGACAGUUACCCUGCAAUCACAAGGCUUCAGUACUCACAAGUAUCAUUCCAUUGCUAUGAAGACAUUACUUUGAGGAAAGCAGUAAAAGUUACAGAAUGAUCAUGAAGAGAGGAGAAGGCUGCAAACUUUUCAAAGUGCCCCACAUCUGGAGUCUUACACUGAUCUGUGUCCUCACGACAGACCCUGCUGGAACGUACAAUAUAGAUGAGGAGAACCCCUUGGUUUUUAAAGGACCAGAUGGAUCCCUGUUUGGCUACUCUGUGGUUUUCCACAGCUAUGGGGAUGAGAAGUGGAUUAUUGUUGGAGCCCCAAAAUCCAACCUGACCACACGCACAAAUAUCGUCAGCCCUGGAACUAUUUUCAAAUGCAAAAUUGGAGACAAUAUUAAUAGGACAUGUGAACUAAUGGACGUGGGUGAACCAAAUGGUCUAAAAUGUGGACGGACAUGUAUAGCAGAACAAGAUAACCAGUGGAUGGGGGUCAGCCUCUCAAGACAGCCAACAAAAGAUGGAAAUCUAUUGGUUUGUGGCCAUAGAUGGAAGAAUGUUCAUUUUAUGAAUGAACACAAGCUGCCCCUUGGAGUAUGCUACUCAAUACCUGCAAAUUUGCGCACAGACCUAAGCAGAAAAAUAUGUCCAUGCUAUAGAGAUCAUGUUAAGAAGUUUGGUGAACAACAUGGCUCAUGUCAAGCUGGGAUCUCUACCUUUUACUUGGAUGAUUUAAUCAUCAUGGGGGCACCAGGGUCAUUCUACUGGACUGGAGCAAUCUUUGUCUAUAACACAACAGUUAACAAGAUCUACACAUAUAACAAUAUUAAUAAUACUGUGAAAUACGGGAGCUACUUAGGUUACUCUGUGGGAGGAGGCAAUUUUCAGUCCUCAACCAGCAAUGACAUUAUAGGAGGAGCCCCACAACAAGAGCAGAUUGGUAGGGUCUACAUCUUUGCAUUUGAAAGGAACCAUCUGAUUAUAUUGUUUGAAGCAGAGGGCAAAAAGCUCGGUUCAUACUUUGGAGCUUCUGUGUGUGCAGUGGAUUUAAAUGGUGAUGGACUGUCAGACUUGCUUGUUGGCGCACCAAUGGAGAGCACAGUGCGAGAGGAAGGCAAGGUGUACGUCUACAUGAACUACGGAUGGGGACAGAUGUCAGAACUUGAUUAUGAACUUUCAGGAAGUGACUUAUAUGCAGCAAGGUUUGGAGAAGCAAUAACCAAUCUGGGAGAUCUUGACAACGAUGGCUAUGAAGAUGUGGCUAUUGGAGCACCACACGAAGAAAAUAUGAAUGGAGCCGUAUACAUUUAUAAUGGAAGAGCAAAAGGAAUUACACCUUCAUUUACACAGAGGAUACAGGGGCGGAAACUUGGCUAUUCUUUAAGCACUUUUGGACAAUCACUAUCCACAGGAUUAGAUGCAGAUGGAAAUGGAUAUCAAGAUGUUGCAGUUGGUGCAUUUCUGUCUGACUCUGCUGUUCUUCUAAGAACAAGACCGGUUGUGACUAUUGAUGCCGCCUUAAAACUGCCAAGUUCUGUAAAUCGGACAAGAUUUGAAUGUGUGGAAAAUGGGCAACCAGCAGUGUGUAUGAAUGUCACGAUCUGCUUUAAGUAUCAAGGACAGGGCGUGCCUGGUCAUAUUGUCAUGCACUAUAAUAUCAGCUCUGAUGUUAAAAGAAAUAGAGGCACUCCAUCCAGAUUCUACUUUUCUUCCAAUGGAACCACUGAGGUUUAUUCAGGAAAGAUUGAUCUUCGACAAAAAUCUGAAAGCUGUAGGAGCCACCAAGCCUUCAUGAGGAAAGAUGUCAGAGAUAUUUUGACUCCAAUACAUAUGGAGUCUCACUAUCAUCUUGGAAAACAUAUCGUAUAUAAAAGAAAUGCAGAUGAAUUCAAGCCCCUACAGCCAAUUCUACAGAAGAAAGAUGGGGAUAAAAAUAUAAUAAAAAAUGUGGUGUCAUUUGCAAGGUACUGUGCCUUGGCAAACUGCUCUGCGGAUUUACAGAUCUCAGGAAAAGUUUCCUUCCCGCGAUCAUCAGAUAAUAAGACAUAUGUUGUUGUUGGAGGAACAAAGACUGUAAUGAUCAAUAUGUCGCUGUACAAUGCUGGGGAUGAUGCCUAUCAGUCCACUCUACACAUGAGGCUUCCGAAAGGCAUCUUCUUCAUCAAAGUUCUAGAUCUGCUAGAGAAACAGAUAAACUGUGCCGUUAACGAUGAGGAAAAUCAGUUGACAAGACUGGACUGCAACAUAGGUCAUCUGUACGUGGACUCUUUUUCAAGACAAGAGUUUUCCUUCUUGCUGGAUACAAGCUCCCUUACCACCGCAGAAGAUCUUGAAAUCAAUGUGACAGUGAGUUGUCAGAAUGAAGUGGAUGAAAGCUCUCUAUGGAACAAUGAGGUCAUUUUCACCAUACCCACAAGAUACGAAGUCAAUGUCAACGUCAUUGGUUAUGUAUCUCCGAUAUCAUUUGUCUUCGGACCUCCUGAAGAUGAGAACAAGCUGUGUGUCAAAGAGACCAUCGAAUAUACAUUCAAUGUGAUCAACGCUGGGCCAAGUCUUGUUUCCAACACUACGUUUCAGAUUAUGAUACCCAACAGAUUUGCUCCAAGGGACUUCAAACUGUUUCAUAUAUUGAAUGUCAAGACAAAUUUAGGAAAGUGCCGUUACGCUUCAGACACCAAUGUUUGUGACUCGUCGUUGAGCAAUAGAUCGAUAUUUAGUGAUUUAGUGUCCUUCUUCCGAAGAUCUGGAGCUAGGAACGCGUACUGCUUUGAAGACGAUGAAACUUGUCUACGUAUUGACUGCACUUUUGGAGACAUGGAAAGUGAUACUGAGGCAACCGUGGAAGUGACGAUUGAAACAAACCAUGCGCUUCUAGAGCUUGAAGAUGUUUCAUCGCUACAAUUUAUAACAACGGGAAAAGUGAGAUCUGAAGAAAACCCUAAAAUAAUUUAUCUCAACCAGAAACAUUAUACACAUGUUCUUCAAGAAGCAGUUCACAAUCAAAAACAAAGACGUCAUGUUAUAUAUACAAUAAUUGGAAUAAGCUUAUUACUAGGACUUCUGCUAUUCUCACUCAUGACAUUUAUCUUAUGGAAGAUGGGAUUCUUCAAGAGAAAGUACAAACCAUGGAAUUCUGACAUGAGUAGAAAAGAAAGCUGGAGCUUCCUUACUCAAGAGGAAAAUGAUGAAAAAGAAAACUAAAUCUAUUUCUGGACCUAUAGAUAUUUUAAAUUUUCCAUAAAUUAUGGGGAAAAAACACAAGGAAAAGAAAUGAAGUUAUUUUUCUUUACAGAAGAGAACUGAUUUUUCAGAUAUUUAUCUAGAACUUAUCAAGAACUUGUGAUGCCUUCUAAAGAUUUUUAUUUCAUGAAUGGGUAUGUUCUAUGUCUUCUUCUCAUGAAUAUGUUCAACCAAGGAUCUCAGGAAAGUGAAAGUUUUAUAAUGAUAGAAGAAAUGCAAUAAAAGCCCUAAGCAGGGAGCUUGAUGAUAUUCAUCGGUCAUGUGAGAUCACUGAAGAGAGACAUGGACUGUGUCACUGGAGACGGUGAUCCCCAGUAGAAGAUCUGAGGUGUUAGAGGUCUCUAAGCACAUUGCCUUUCACUUCAACUGAAGCAAUUUUGUUUUAAAACACUACGGUUUGUGGGACCAACUUUAGUGGUCAAUAAUCUACAGUAUAUAGAAGGAAAUGUAAGCCGAGGGAUUAAGCAUCUUUGCUAGGUCCUACCAUGUUACAUGUUGUCUGAGGUCAUUAGCUCAGUUCCCGUCUUCUCCUUGGCUACUUGACCAAAGUGUCGAAAGUGUAUAUUUCCUAUAUCUUUUCAGGGUUCAAUUGUGAUUCUAUCAAUUCUGCAUUGGAAGCCCAGAUGCAAGCUGGUCACCCUGUUAUUUUUUCCAAAAUGGAGGACUUUACUGAAUGAAGAGGGGUUUGAUACUGUGGGCAAAACUGAAUGUUCAGCUUUGUCCAGUCUGGUUCUUUAAUAAAAAGGUAACGGCAAACCAGUGGUAUAGGUGAUGACACAUGUAAUGAUGGCAUUUUCACCCAAAUCUUGGUCUUAUAUAAUCAAUCCAAAGUUGAAAUGACAGCCAAAGCAUGUUAAUCAUACAACUAGAUUAUCUGUCCUACUGGUUGUCAUUUUCACUGUAAUUCCCAGGAAUUGACAACAAGUUACGUUCUCAGCUGUACCGUUAAAUGGGUUGUCUGGUUUAAAAAAAA